CCAAAUUGUUUUGUAGUCAUAGACUCUGCAUAAUCCUCUUGUCUGUAAUUUGCUUUAUGCUCUUUACUUUUGUCUGACAAUGCCUCCAUCCUUCAUCCACCGCCUACUCAUCUCCGCUUCCACUCUCCGCAACACCACCCACCUCUCCUCUCUCCACCUCAACCUCACCCUCCUCUCACUCCACCACCACCACCGCCACCGCCACCGCUAUCUCUCCUCCACACCCACUCCACCACCACCGCCACCACCACCACCCUUCCACCCCAGAAGCAAAACCCAACUCGAAACCCAGUUCGAAACAUGGGUCCAAAACCUCAAACCCGGGUUCACUCCGUCCGAUGUGGAGCACACCCUUUGGUCCCAAUCCGACCCAGACCUCGCUCUCGACCUCUUCCGCUGGACUGCCUUACAACGUGGCUACACUCACACCCACGCCACCUACUUCACCAUCAUCAAAAUCCUCGUCUCCAACAAGCGCUACGGCCUCGCCGAGACCCUCAUCGAAGAGGUACUCUCUGGUGCUUGUGACAUUAACAUUCCUCUUUAUAACUACAUUAUCAAGUUCUGUUGUGAUAAAAGAUCGCUCUUUAAUCGAGCCUUUGAUGUUUAUAAGAAAAUGUAUAAUUCCGAGAAUUGUAAACCCAAUUUACAGACUUAUUCCAUGUUGUUUAACCUGUUGCUUAGAAGGUUCAAUAAGUUGAAUGUUUGUUAUAUGUAUUUGCAAUCGGCUAAGUCGUUGUCGAAGCAAAUGAAGGCCGCGGGUGUGAUUCCGGAUACUUAUGUGUUGAAUAUGAUUAUAAAGGCGUACUCGAAAUGUCUUGAGGUUGAUGAGGCCAUUCGGGUUUUUCGUGAAAUGGGGUUGUAUGGAUGUGAGCCAAAUGCGUAUACUUACGGGUAUAUAGUGAAGGGGUUGUGUGAGAAAGGGAGGGUUGGUCAGGGUUUUGGGUUUUAUGAGGAAAUGAAGGGGAAGGGUUUGGUUCCGAGUAGUAGUAGUUAUAUGAUUUUGAUUUGUAGUCUUGCGUUAGAACGAAGGUUUGAGGAUGCAAUUGGGGUUGUUUUUGAUAUGUUGGGGAAUUUAAUGGGUCCUGAUUUGUUGACUUAUAAAACGUUGUUGGAAGGUUUGUGUUGUGAAGGGAGGGGCAAUGAGGCCUUUGAAUUGCUUGAUGAAUUGAGGAAGAGGGAUCGUUCGAUGAGUGAGAAGUUGUACAAGGCUUUGUUAAAUGGAUUGCAUUUUCUAUGUCGUUAAUUGACUCAAUAUUGCAUUCUUCUGAGUUCAAUUGAAGACUUCUAUUGACUACCACUUCAUGACGAGUAAUAGUACUUAUGUAAUUCUGAUUCACAGUCUUGCAUUGGAAUGGUGAUUUGAGGAUGUGAUUGAGGUUGUGUUUGAUAUGUUGGGGAAUUCGAUGGGUCCUGAUUUUUUGACUUACAAAACCUUGUUGGAAGGUUUGUGUCAGGAAGGGAGGGGCAGUGAGACCUUUGAACUUCUUGUUGAAUUGAGGAAGAGGGAUUGUUCAAUGAGUGGGAAGAUUACAAGACUUUGUUGAUUGGAUCGCAUUUUCCAAGUUGAGAGUAGAUUCAAUAUUUCAGUCUUCUAAGUCAUUUGAAGACUACAACUUCAUGAGCAAAUCAAGCAUCUGGACAGAAAUAUAUAAUUUAAUCACUGGCUGAUUUGUCUCAAUUGAUGAAUUCUGCAUCUCAGAUUCAUAUAGUGCUGUGAUGGUAUGAGAAGUUCCCUGAAGAUCUAUUCACAUUGUCUUCUGUAUGUAGGGCAACAUUGGAAUCAUCCAGAAAAGAGCAGUCUUGUGCUGGCUGGUUUUAAAUUCUAUGUUGUCCAAUUUUGAUAUUGAUUGUUUCAUGUAAAAUUGUUUUAUUUUAAAUGGACACUUUAUAGUCAUUAUAGAAUCAGGUUACUAGUUCAUGAAACACUCAAAUCAGCAGUGAAUGAUCUUGGUGCUUAUUGUGAAGAACAGAGAAAAUAGUUUUAUCUUGUCAGGGUAAAUAGGUUGCCAAAUAUGAUUGUCAGCAUUUGGAGGGUACAGGGUGAAUAGAACUUCUAAACUUUGCUAAGAAAAUUUUGCAAUCUUCAGGCCCAUUAUGGAGAAGACAUGCUUUAUUACAUUAUUUUUGGUUGGGAUUGGAAGUGGAAAUAAAGAUGAUCUUAUAUGCU